AUGAAGCUCCUCUAUCCCACUUCCUUGGAGUUGAAGCCCGAGUUGCUGGAAGGCUUCAGCGUCACCCUCCAACCCUACGACGUCACCAAGCCCAUUCCCAAAGACCACCGAGAUGCCGAGAUCUUGGUGACAUGGACCAACACUCCCGAGAAUCUCAAGGACGCGCAGCAGAAUCUGUCAAAGCUACGCUGGAUCCAGUCUCUGGCUGCCGGGCCCAACGAUGUCCUCAACGCUGGCUUCGAUGCAUCCAAAAUCGCCAUCACAACUGGGUCUGGCCUUCAUGACAGGACUGUUGCCGAACACACCCUCGGACUACUCCUCAGUGCCGCGCGAAGAUUCCAUGAAAUGCGUGACUACCAAUCACAAGGCAAGUGGCCUGCCCACCUUGGCGGUCCUCAACCCGAUCGACCGGCAGGAAAAUUCACCACCUUGAGAGAUGCCAACAUCGUCGUCUGGGGCUUCGGCAACAUCGCCAAGACGUUGGUGCCAUCAUUGACGGCCCUUGGAGCCCGCGUGACGGGAGUUGCCCGACAUGCCGGCGUCCGAGACGGCAUCGAGGUCUACAGUGAGGGUAAGCUGGAGGAAUUGCUGCCAAAGACCGACGCACUGGUCAUGAUUCUGCCGGGAUCGGACUCCACCAAGCACGCGCUCAACGCCAAGCGGCUCAAGGCGUUGCCCAAGCAUGCAUGGGUGGUGAAUGUCGGCAGAGGUACUUGUAUCGAUGAAGACGCGUUGAACUCGGCACUCGAUGCAGACGACAUCGGCGGGGCAGCGCUCGAUGUGUUUGAGAAAGAACCACUACAGGAAUCGUCGCCGUUGUGGAAGCAGAAGAAUCUCAUCUUGAGUCCGCACGCGGCUGGCGGUCGUCCGCAAGAAGCUGAGAGGCUGAUUGCAGUCAACCUGCGGAAGUUCAUUGCCGGGCAAGAAUUGCAGAAUAUUGUAUAG